AUGUUUUCAGCUCGUCUGCCUGUUCCUGUCAUAAGAAGAAACUGUUCUUCAUCAUCAUCCUCAUCCUCACAGCAGAAUUGUUCAUUGGUGUGUUCAGUGGUGAAUGUGGGUCAUGUGACUCUCUCCUGGUAUAAAGGAAACAGUUUAUUGUCCAGCAUCAGUGUGUCUGAUCUCAGCAUCAGUCUCUCUCUACCUCUGGAGGUGGAAUAUCAGGAUAAAAACAGCUACAGCUGUGUGCUCAACAAUCCCAUCAGCAACCAGACUCAACAUCUGGACAUCACUCAGCUCUGUCACACAUGUGAAGACUCUGUCCACUGCUGUGGUUCUACUGAAGCUGUGAUCCGAUUGGUCCUCUCUGCUCUGGUGGGCGUGGCUACUGUCAUUCUUCUGUUUUAUGACAUCAGAUCCAGAAAAGCUGAAUAAGAUCAAGCACAGAUUCACACAUCAGGCAAAUGAUUGAUGUAAUUUCUCACAGACUGAUUUAGCAUGUUUAGAAAUAUUCAUGCGAUAUAAUAAUUUGCAUGUUCAUCUAUUUCAGAAAGUAUUGAAAUCUAAGGCAGGCGAACACUAAACAUUAAAGGAUCUUGAAGUGUUUUCUGUUCAGAAUAAAAAUCCAGUUUUAAAAUGCUUUAUUGUUUAUAUUUCCCUCAUAUACAUAAAAAGAAUGAAUAUAGAUCUCUCUUUACAGCUGCUGUCUAUUUGUCAUGUGUAAUUGCUUGCCUUUAUCAAUAAAGUUCUUAUUCACUCUAAUGUAGGGGAAUGUACAGUUACAACCCAAGGACCAGAUAUGAUGAAUGAAGACCAGGAGUCAGAGAUGCAUUCAAUUAAAUAAAAAUUUACUGAAGAACAUGGUUUGCAGUUUCAUCAGCAGAAGUCAGCUUCCAGUACUCUCGAUGGAGUUCCUAGGCCGCUCUGCAUACAAUUCAAAAUAAACAACAAUUAUACCCUGGCAGAGGAUACCAAUAGUGUCAAUGCGCAAAAUU